GCCUCGUAGCCGACCUCGCCAUGUUCAGCAAGAAAAAGAAGCGCCUGGAGAUUUCGGGCCCCUCCAACUUUGAGCACCGGGUGCACACGGGGUACGACCAGCAGGAGCAGAAGUUCACGGGGCUGCCACGCCAAUGGCAAGGCCUCAUCGAGGAAUCGGCCAAGCGGCCCAGGCCCCCCGUGGCCCCCGCCUGCAUCACGGCCAUCCAGCAUGGCUCGCAGAAGGUAAAGGUGAGUGAGGCAGGGGUCUCUCAGGGGUUACCUGACACCCUGCCAUGGCUUGGCGGGGUCCUGUCAGCUCUCCAUGCCCAGAGUCAGGGACGAACCCUUCCCAGCUGGCACCAGAUACCCCCCCCACCAGCGCCCCCCCAGCCCCGCUCGCCCCAGCGUGAGCCGCAGCGCGUGUCCCACGAGCAGUUCCGAGCCGCCCUGCAGAUGGUGGUGGACCCCGGCGACCCCCGCACCUACCUGGACAACUUCAUCAAGAUCGGCGAGGGCUCCACUGGCAUCGUCUGCCUGGCCACAGUGCGCAGCUCUGGCAAGCUGGUGGCCGUCAAGAAGAUGGACCUGCGCAAGCAGCAGCGCCGUGAGCUGCUCUUCAAUGAGGUGGUGAUCAUGCGGGACUACCAGCACGAGAACGUGGUGGAGAUGUACAACAGCUACCUGGUGGGCGACGAGCUCUGGGUCGUCAUGGAGUUCCUGGAGGGCGGUGCCCUCACCGACAUCGUCACCCACACCAGGAUGAACGAGGAGCAGAUCGCGGCCGUGUGCCAGGCCGUGCUGCGGGCGCUGUCCGUGCUGCACGCGCAGGGCGUCAUCCACCGCGACAUCAAGAGCGACUCCAUCCUGCUCACCCACGACGGCCGAGUGAAGCUGUCGGACUUCGGGUUCUGCGCCCAGGUGAACAAGGAGGUGCCGCGCCGCAAGUCCCUGGUGGGCACCCCCUACUGGAUGGCGCCCGAGCUCAUCUCCCGCCUGCCCUACGGCCCUGAGGUGGACAUCUGGUCGCUGGGGGUGAUGGUGAUGGAGAUGGUGGACGGGGAACCCCCCUACUUCAACGAGCCGCCGCUCAAGGCCAUGAGGGGGGUGGAGGCUGGGGGUCUCUGCCUCCUCCCCCCGGCCCCUGCCCUCAUGCCCCUCAUCCCCCCCCAGGUGUCCCCGCUGCUGAAGGGCUUCCUGGAGCGCCUGCUGGUGCGGGAGCCGGCGGCACGAGCCACGGCAGGCGAGCUGCUGUCCCACCCCUUCCUGGCCAAGGCCGGGCCACCGGCUGCCAUCGUCCCCCUCAUGCGCCAGCACCGGCUGCGAUGAGCUGCCCGCCGCCGCCGCGCACCAAAGACCGGGGUGGGGGGGGGCCAUGGACCCCCCCUGCCCAGCCUGGCCACGGGGCCCACGGACCGGACUGACUGUGCCACUACUGUCCCGGCCACGGGAGGGCUCCCUGCCCCCGCCCCGUGGCCCCUACUACUGAGCUGGGGGGUAUUAUGGCCCCCCCCCUUUUUUAGACACCCAAAGGGGUGAAUCUGGGCCUGGGAGGGGGUUAACUCAGCCUGCUCCUCCCCCGUGACCCCUCCCCCAUGGGGCUGGGUGUGUGUGGGGGGGGUCCAGGCAAGGGGCAUCUGUGUCGACCCCCCCCGAAUGGCUCCGAUCCUGGAGACCAGCACAAUGAUGGGGGGGGUGAGAUGCACCUGCCUCAGCUCCCUCCCUCUCCUGACCCCCCCUCCAGGGUGGGCCACACCAGCCCCCACCUACCACACUACAGCCUUGCACCCUGCCUGGGCCGGAUCCUGACCCCACUGCUCCCCCCACCCCGGGAUUCGCUCCGGGGCCGGGGCUGGGACCCCAGAGCUUGCCCAGGAGGACACUACUGAGGGGGAGCCGGGCGGGGGGGGGGCAACUGCUAUUUAUACGGGGCUUUUGUAACACUGCAGUUCGGGGGUGUCCGGCCCCCGGCCCAGCUGUGAGCUGAGCCCUGGGCGGGGCUGGGCCGGACUCUGUCCUGAUCGGGUCCAGGUCAGUUUUACUAUUAAAGGGUUUUUUCGUUUUGGAGCUGCUGCCUU